AUGCGGCCAGAAUUGGGCUUGGCUGUCAAUUAUAUGCAACAAAGCUUUACACCCCCACCUGUUGAGCGCACGUCCCGGCCAGAAGGUUCGCGUUCGGUAUCCCGUUCUCGGCAGGUCAGCCCACCAGAUCCCAAGGAGGUUCAUCUUGACACGGCGCUCUAUCAGAAGAGGAUUGACUUUAGGUCCUUGAGCCCCCCACCGAACUUCGACAUGCAGACGAUGCAGCAGGAGAUCAGAAGACUUGCUCAUGGCCAAGCCGACCUCCUGCAGAAACUCCGAGACCAACAAGCGCAAGUCAGCGUCAUGGAGUCGUCUACCCCUACUAUGCGAGAGUAUUCGGCAUUUGUGGUCCGAAAACAAGAUAUUGACACAAGUGCCCUUCUCCCCCCGGCGGUUGACUCACCCAUGACCCUGUCACAACAUCUUUUGGCGCUCGAAGAGAUUACCCGGUGUAUUCAAGAUCAAGAUUUGGCUAGCCGUCCUCUGUCGGAGAAAAUUGCAAGUCUAGAGACCUCCGUUUGGUUUCAGGAAGAAAAAAUCACCGGAGCGACUCGCCGGAUGGACCGUAUUGAAGAGUCUGCCCACAUGCGUUGGAAGGAAACACAAGAAGAUUUGCAGUCCAUCCGAAGUGAUCACCAGAGACUGGAAGCCGAGGUGAGGGAAGCCGUCAAGACACUGGAGAACAAGUGGGAGACUACGCCAGCUGCGUUACAAGAGAGUCUCACCCGGGGCUUUGAGAAACUUGCAAGCCGCAUCGAAACUGCCGAGCUAACGCUCCACGACCUCACCAAAUCAGUCACUACUAUUUCGGAGCUCAACCUGCGGCUCGGUGCUCGCCAAUCAAGUCUGGAAUCGCUCAUUAUCCAGUUCCUCGGCAACAAGGAGAAGAAGCACACUGGCAUCAAUACCGAUCGCUCAGUCUCACCCGACCGCGGUCAGAAAAGCCAGCAGGUACAAGUCUCCCCGACCCCGGGUGUCGUUCUGCCAAACCCAGUUUCAACCGAUCACGCGCAAGUCUCUCCAACCCCGGCCGUCUUUCUGCCUCCAGCAUCUGAGAGCCCAGCGGUCCUUCUGUUGGCGCCAAACCCAAUUCCUCCAACCCGGGCAAGUUCGCCCGGUCCUUACAUUGGGGGUAAUAGGAAGUCACCUCGGCUACAGAAACUCGAACCCACACUUCAAACCCCCGCACAGAUGUCAACUGGAUGGGACCAGGUUGGGCUGAUCCACGCUGCAUGGGAUUCAAAGCUCUUCAGCAGACCCAUGACACAUGAGCCCAUUCCAUGA